GUCUUAAAGUGUUUAUAGCCCUGUGAGUUAAAUGUGUCCUUUACAGAAGCAACACAACAUAAGACAAAAAUGACUUUUAUCUCCGUAACUAUCAUGGUCCAUGCAUUGUACACAAAUGGCUAUGCAGGUGACAUUUUAUUGACCCAGACUCCUGCAGUUGCCAUGGCACAAUCUGGAGAGUCUGCCACGAUCAGCUGUAAAGCUAGUAGUGCCAUUGACAAUGAUUUAGCCUGAUACCAUCAGAAACCUGGAGAAGCUCCUAAAUUCAUCAUCAACUUUGACAGUGGUUUAACAUCUGGUCGAUAUCAUGGCACUGGAUAUGAUAUUGAUUGACGACUUUGUCAACCACUUUGAAACAAAGAUUGACGACAUCCACAUCUCAUUCACUCAGCCUAUUGAGUCCACUGGUUCCACUCACACAGAAAUACCCUAUGCCUUGACUUCUUUCUCCCCUCUCUCUCCAGAUGAAAUCCUGUGACUAGUAAGGUUCGGCCACCUGCUUGCUCAACCCCAUCCCCUCUUCUUCAGACCACCUCUGGAGAUGUGGUAAAAUGGCCCCCCUCUUCCUCUCUACUCUUUACGACUAUUGGUUUCUCCCCUGCGGCUGAUGUAUUCCUUUGUAUGGCAUGUGGUGAAUCAACGAAAUGUGAUUCACUAUGGGAAGGUCGAGGAAUUUGUAACUGUGGUGACUGAAGCUGUUCCAAAGUUGCUGAGUUACAAACAGAGGGCUCAACUCAUCCUGGGCCUGAGAGCAAGGAUGAUCUUGGAGAUGUUCCGCAAGGAUUGUCCACCUAACCCUCAGGCCAUCCAUUGUCUCCUGGGAAAGAUGAACAUCAGUGCAUCCGCAGGGCAGCAAGAUGCAGAAGUGGAGGAGUCGCAGGCUAACUUUGUGGCGCUGGUCCAAACCCUUCUGACAAACCCUUAUGAGAGGAAGCACUUCUUCCAGGAGGAGUUCCAUACACAGUAUGGCUCCAAGUACGACACAGCACUGCAGGCCCUUGUGGGAGGCUUGGUCUUCAGACUGGAACAACUGCUAUCUGUGCCAGAUCUCUCCCAGAUAGCGUCCAUUAUCAGUGCUGACCCCUCUGACCUGGAGGAGUGUGGACAGUCUGUGUCUGACCCUGAGCACCUGAAGAUCCUCCUCCAGCACCAGAACCUGCUAAAUAAAACCCAGUUAAACAGAAAUGGUCCCCCACUUCCUCUCUCUUCUUUGCGACUAUUGGUUUCUCCCCUGCGGCUGAUGUAUUCCUUUGUAUGGCAUGUGGUGAAUCAACGAAAUGUGAUGCACUAUGGGAAGGUCGAGGAAUUUGUAACUGUGGUGACUGAAGCUGUUCCAAAGUUGCUGAGUUACAAACAGAGGGCUCAACUCAUCCUGGGCCUGAGAGCAAGGAUGAUCUUGGAGUUGUUCCGCAAGGACCCACCCAACCUUCAGGACAUCCAACGUCUCCUGGAAAAGAUGAACAUCUUGGGGCAGCAAGAUGCAGAAGUGGAGGAGUCGCAGGCUAACUUUGUGGCUCUGGUCCAAACCCUGCUGAAAAACCCUUAUGAGAGGAAGCACUUCUUCCAGGAGGAGUUCCAUACACAGUAUGGCUCCAAGUAUGACACAGCACUGCAGGCCCUUGUGGGAGGCUUGGUCCUCAGACUGGAACGACUGCUAUCUGUGCCAGAUCUCUCCCAGAUAGCGUCCAUUAUCAGUGCUGCCCCCUCUGACCUGGAGGAGUGUGGACAGUCUGUGUCUGACCCUGAGCACCUGAAGAUCCUCCUCCAGCACCAGAACCUGCUAAAUAAGAUUCAGUUGGUACCUGUCACGUCCUCUGUAGGGGACUGUGUGCUGUCCUCGCUGUCUUUCCGCUUAACCUGUGGAAUGCAGUCCAUGCAGACAGAUUUUUACGAACCAACGGAAUCAUUAGAAGCCGCUCUAAGCAUCAUGAGCCCUGCCUCCUUCAGUGACUUGGAGGAUCUGGGAAUGAUGCCAGUUGAAUCGGACCACGCUGGAGCAGUAACUACUGUGGAGAGAGAAGAGCAGAAUGCCAGGGAUAACGGAGGUCGGGUGAAAAAUUCAGUAGUCGACAGUGAAGAAGACAAUGCAAUGUCAAAGAACGACAUAGUCUCACCUACUCCUCAAAGUGUAAGCAGGCCAGUGGGAGGGGCACCAACAGUAGAGAGCAUGCCGCCAACAGAGAGACACAAAGAGCUUGCAACACUGAUGAAUACUUUCAUCACCGAAGCCUCUCCUUCACAUAUUGUCAGCCCUGCCACAGUCACCAAUGGGAACCAGCCAGAUAACCAGCCGGUCGAGCUAGCGAGUGUCCACCAGUGGGUCUCCCACAUUGCAAGUAACUCGAUUUCGCUCCCUUCCUUGCCACCCCUUCCACAAAACAAUGAUGUAGACCAGGAGAUCCGGUCAGGUGACACGUGUCUUGGAAGCAGUGUGGAAAUUGGGGGUCAGGAACCAGAAGCCAAUCUCUUUGAGAGGGCUGUUAUCCGAAGGAGACUGCCCAAGCCGCAAAGAAUAACGGUACCCUCGAAGAGGAAAAUCCCAGAGGCAACCAUCAUUUGCCAGGAGUGUGGGAAGAGUUUUGUCUAUCCGUCUCAGCUGGAAAAUCACCUCCGCAUUCACACAGGAGAGAAACCUUUCAAGUGCACUGAGUGUGGCAGGGCCUUCAGGUCCUUAGGAGGCAUGACCACUCAUAUGAAAAAUCACUCUGAAGCGCGGCCAUUUAAGUGUGAAAAGUGUGACAAGGGCUUUCGGAAAAAGGCUGACUUGAAGAAUCAUCAGCCCAUCCACACGGGUGCGAAACCACAUAAAUGCACCAUCUGCGGAAAGGGCUUCAGCCAAGCAUUCUAUUGCAGAAUACACAUCCAGUCUCAUGCAAGUGAAAAUAACUUUCCCUGCACUCAUUGUCCGAAGAGAUUCCCAACCCAAUACAAGCUGUCUGUCCACGAGCGCUGGCACACCAUGGAGCGCCCGUUCAUCUGUGAGCAGUGUGGGAUGCGCUUCUUUCAUCCCAGUGGGCUGAAGAGGCACAUGGGCUAUCACAUUGGGAACCGCCCGUUCCUGUGUGCCCAGUGUGGAAAGACUUUUGUUUAUGAGUUUGACCUGAAGAAACACCAAAGGGACCAUGGCCCCAAGCCCAAGAUCCCAUGCCCUGUCUGCCAGAAGGUGUUUGGCAGCAACGGACUCAUUAAGGCCCACAUGUUUACGCACACCUCUGUAAAACCUUACAGAUGUGACAUAUGUGACAAGACCUUUAAACAGAGCAGCAGCUUGAGCAGUCACAAACGUCUGCACACGGGCGAACGCCCUUACCACUGCGACAUGUGUGGGAAGACAUACAAGCUAAAUCAGCACCUGAAGGAGCACAUAAUUGUCCACCACACGGCAGAGGGGCACCCCUGUGACCAGUGUGGAAAGGUCUUCAAGUUACCACGUCUUCUGAAGGCGCAUGAGCGGUUGCACUCAGGAGAGCGAUCUGAGCAGACAAGGAAAUACAGUCACACCAGCCGUCGCAGGAGAAAUUCCUCCAAAAUGAGUUGAUUUACUGCUCAGUGGCUGCCUUCCAUAGACACCGACUGGAAUGCUAGUUUUAUUAUCCUGACAAAUUGCCAUUAGCUGAAAUAAUAUUUCUAAUUUUUUGUGGUAGACUUUAGAUUUUGGACCAGAAUUCAGGAUUCCCUUAAUAGACUGAACAUUGAAAAAUAGUAUAAUGUCUGGCUUAGUUAAUGCAGUGUCUCCUGUUAGAUAACAAUUAAUGAUUGUGUCAUUAAAACAUAUUUGUUUGUGAUGCUUUUUGGAUAGGUUAUUGAAAUUCCAAUGACAUAAGAUGUAAAUUGAUAGCUACAAUGCCAUGCCAUUGGCUGUAAUCAUGUCCUUGUUUUUUUUGUUGUAAACUUGACAAUUUUGGCCCAUAAUCCAGGAUUUCCUAGACUGAACAUUGACAAAUGGUAGAAUGCCUGGCUUAAUUCAUGCAGAAACAAACAUAUGUCCUGUUAGAUACCAACAAUGAAUGAUUGUGUCAUUAAAGCAUAUUUGUUUGUGAUGCUUUUUUUGGAUAGUUUGAAAUUCCAAUGACAUAAGAUGUCAAUUGACAGCUACUCACUUAUUUCUCUUUUUGAAAGUAGUCAAUAAUUGCCGGACGCCUUUACAAAAAAUAUGCACAACAGUUGGUGUUGGAUAAAGGCAAAUAAAGUCAACAUUGUGUGCCACAA